AUGAAUACCGUCAUAUGUUCUCAUAUGCGUGAAAUGUCAUUGAGCGUGACGUCUCUAUCUACUGAACUGCUUACAAAAUUUAUGAAUACUUUAGUCACUUCGCUUCUCUUUCACAUAUGCUACGCAUCUGUUUGCUCCCAGUUACUCUUCUUCCUUUUUUCUUUACCAUCGCCUUACUAUCUCCUUCUUCUUUUUCCUUUUUUCUUUAUCAUCGCCUUACUAUUUCGUUCUUCUUCUUCUUCUUCUUCUUCUUCUUCUUCUUCUUCUUCUUUUUUUUUCUUUACCACCGGCUUACUAUCUUCUUCUUCUUCUUCCUUUUUUCUUUACCACCGGCUUACUAUCUUCUUCUUCUUCUUCCUUUUUUCUUUACCAUCGCCUUACUAUCUCCUCCUUCUUCUUCUUCCUUUUUUCUUUACCAUCGUCUUACUAUCUUCUUCUUCUUCUUCCUUUUUUCUUUACCAUCGCCUUACUAACUCCUUCUUCUUUUUCUUCUUCCUUUUUUCUUUACCAUCGCCUUACUAUCUCCUUCUUCUUCUUCUUCUUCUUCCUUUUUCAUUUACCAUCGCCUUACUAUCUCCUUUUUCUUAUUCCAAUUUUCUUCACCAUCGCCUUACUAUUUCGUUCUUCUUCUUCUUCUUCUUCUUCUUCUUCUUCUUCUUCUUUCUCUGCCAUCCCUUAUUAUCUCCUUCUUCUUCAUCUUUCUUUUUUCUUUACCAUCGACUUACUAUCUCCUUGUUCUUCUUCUUCCUUUUUUCUUUCCAUCGCCUUACUAUUUCGUUCUUCUUUUUCUUCUUCUUCUUCCUUUUUUAUUUACCGCCUUAUUAUCUCCUUCUUCUUCCUUUUUUCUUUAGCAUCGCCUUACUAUCUCUUUCUUCUUCUUCUUUUUCCUUUUUUCUUCACCAUCGCCUUAUUAUUUCUUUCUUCUUCUUCUUCUUCCUUUUUCUUUACCAUCGCCUUACUAUCUCCUCCUCCUCCUUCUUCUUCUUCCUUUUUUCUUCACCAUCGCCUUAUUAUUUCUUUCUUCUUCUUCUUCUUCUUCCUUUUUCUUUACCAUCGCCUUACUAUCUCCUCCUCCUCCUUCUUCUUCUUCCUUUUUUCUUUACCAUCGCCUUACUAUUUCUCUUUCUCUCACUCGUUCUCUCCCUUUUUUUUCUUUCUCUCUCACUCGUUGGCCUCCUUCCACCUUCUUCUCUUCACUUUCUUUACUUUCCAUUUGAAAUUUGUUUACAGGAAAGUCUCUGUGUCGUCUUUACCUCUCAGCACUCAAAUACAAAGAUCGAACGAAAGUAA